UUCGAUUUUUGUUACAUUUUAAAUUUGGUAAAUUCUGGUACGAAAAAUACUCAGGAAAUUCUUGUAAAAUAGAACUCUGCGGAUUAUCGACAUUCGGAUUUUGACGUAGCUGAAUGACAAUGGCAGUUUGGGUAAAAUUAGCAGAAAGAAUGAUGCCUAGUUUCUUCCGGGCUCCUGCCGAAUUGAAACCUUUGCCAGCUUCAGCUGAAGAUUUUAAGGAGGAACUAAGACUAUUUGAAAACCUUGAUCGGGACGCCGACCCACCACCCAGAGCAAAACUUUAUCACUGCUUGCUAUUAAGUGUAAACAUCAAACGUCCAUUUAAUUCUACGAUGAUUUUGGUGGUAGGAAGUACUGGGGUUGGAAAGUCAUCUACGAUAAACCAUUUACUUGAUACAGGAGAAGGAAUCCCUGUCGCGCUCACCAGUUGUUCUGAGUCCGAAACUAAAGCAACCAGCGAAUACAUUCUGACCACUGACGACUCAAAUUACGAAGUUUGCGAUUUAAAAAUGGGUAUUAUAGAUACACCAGGUUUAAACGAUACUGCUGGUGUGAAGCAAGAUGCUUGUAAUUUUGUUUCGAUAAAAAGAUUUUUCGAAACACAUCCAGGCUUACCUGAGCAGUCUAUUUAUCCUAAUCUUGUAUUUUUGGUGGUGAACGUGAAUGAUACCCGGGUCAAGGGUAAGAAUAGCAGUCUUUCAAAAUGCCUUAGAGGAAUUAAAUUGCUUGAAGUGGUUGACACAAGACAUCCAAAUCUUGUUGUGGUUGUAACACAUUGCUGUUCUGUUAGUUACAAGAAUUUGCGUAAGUGGAAAGACAAGAUGAAAGAAAAGAAAGAUACCAUUUUAGCUAUCGUGUUUGAAGCGCUUGGCGUCUCAGCACCUGUCGUAUUGAUAGAAAAUGAUUUCGAUGGCCAUGAUCUUAAGAAGGAAGGUGAUUUUACAAUUCUUCCGAAUGGCGACAGACAGCCUAAGAAUUUAUACGACGCCUGUGCCGAGCUGCUUCAUAGAAAUAAGGAUAAUUUUGGCCUGUUGGUGUUUAAUUCUUGUUUCACAAGAGCAAAAAAGGAUAGGCCAACAGAAGGUCAUAAAGUUGAGGCGGAAGAUUCUAAAAGUAAAGAAUUGUCUGAUGAAGAGGAAAAAUUUUUAAAUGCUUUUAGCGAUGAUGCAAGAAGAGUUGAGGCGAAAGAUUCUAAAAGUGAAGAAUUGUCUGAUGAAGAGGAAGAAUUUUCAAAUGCUUUUAGCGAUGAUGCAAAAAGAGAUCUGCAACCUUUUUAUGAUCAAAAAGAAAAAUGUCAAUUGAAAUACCAGAAAUACAUCCCGGUGCAACCUAGAAAACAACCAAUCACGAGAGAAGGAUCAAUAACCGAGCCUUAUAUUAUUAUAGGAUUCGCAAUAUUAAAUGAGCUGGUUAAGAAAUUUUGGAAAGUUAUUACAGGAUAUUUUUACGCUCAAGAUAAACUUUUGAAGAAAGACAGAUUGGACGAGAAUUAUUAUAGUAAAGCAUUGACAAGGUUAGAAUGGCUGAAGAGUGUCAAAUUUGUCGACGGAAAUGAGGAAUGCAGUGAACGUCAUUUGGAAAUUGUUUGCAAACUUGGCAGAGUACCUCGUACCAAAGAUAUCUAUGAUAUCUUUGGAAAAGAUUCCCUUCCACUUAUUACCUACAAGGAAGACUCUCAGGAAGAGUGGUUUAAGACACAUGUUCUUGACGAAAACUCAGACAUGAAAACGGGAUUCAAAUGCAAACUAACAAGGCUAGAGUGGUUGGAAAGUUUUAAAAUCGUCGAAACCAACCAGGGAGGAACGAAUGAAAGUCGUUUGGAAAUUGUUUGCAAACUUGGUAAAGUGCCUUGCACCCGUGAUAUUGUGAAUAUAUUUAGUAAGGACGUCCUUCCUUUCAUUUCCUAUCGCGAAGGCUCGAGACGAGGUUGGUUUGAAGAGAGUAUAUUUGACAAAAAUUACACUAUGAAAAUGGAAUACAAAAAGAAACUUGCAAAAUUCCACUGGGUGAAAAGUUUCUAUAUUGGUGUUACAAGGGAACCUGAGAAAUCCUGGCAAAUAUACAUUACUCAUAUUCACGACACCGCACCCUCCAUGCAAGAUCUGAAGAAAUUGUUUGGUGUCAAUAUUGCAUCCUUCGUUGAUUUCAUUAAAGGAAGCGAGCAACCUCUUCCUUCGCCUCGCUUUCUCCGAGGACUUAGAUUAGGGGAUAAAAUCUGUUCACGGCAAGGAGAUUAUGGUGAUGGAACGGUCAGCGUGCUUAGUCGUGCUACGGUUAAGGGAGAACCUGAUGAAACACACAACGCGGUAACAUGUUAUCAUUCGUGUUUUAAGGGGGAAGUGCCAAAGCAGCAACUUCAAAGCAUGUCAGAAAUGCACAACGUAUUCAAGAACGACUUUGAAGAGGGGAAAUCAGAACGUUGCCAAGGUACCAUCCGCGUUCAUUGCACAGACGACGACCUUGAAAUUAAAGAAGGCCAAUUUCACUAUGGCAUUUACGACGACGAUAACGAUAUUGCCCUUAUUAAAUUACACCCAACUGAAAAUUGCACGGCUGCCAUUCAUUUUCAUGAUGAAAAAAAUAUUAGGAAAAAAUUAGCUAGCAGCGAAGAAAUUGCACGCAAGUUCUACGAUGCUGAUAAACCAUUACUUGUAAGAAAAAUUGGAGCAAUUACUGGAGCAGAAGAAGGAGAAUUUUACUCAGUGGACAACGUCCUUCCAUUUCAGGGCUCAAUGAUCCAAUUUCCUUACAGUGUAAGAGGAAUACAUGGUGGUCCCUUUGGCGUACCAGGUGAUUCUGGAGCUUUAGUGUAUUUGGUAGAUGAAAACAUCCCAUUUGGUUACCUGUGCUGUGAAAUUCCACCUCCCGAAAAUUCAACAGUAUUUCCCUCUCCUGAAAAUUCAACAGAGAUCCAGUCUGAAAAUUCAUUGGAAGUUCUGUGUGAAAAACCCGUCAAGAAGCAAUUGGUCCCACACUUCGGCUGCCGGAAUUUAGAUCGAAGUAUACAAGAACUUAUAGAACGAGAAAUUUUUAGCAAUAUUCAGCCUUGCUUCAAUCAACAUCAGUAAAAACUACUGUGUAGCAAUAUCAAA